AUGGCGCUGCGAUUCCGGCCCCCGAAGCCGAGCCAAAAGAUCCUGCCCGUUAAACCGACAAAGGGCCAUUUCUUGUUCGCUCAGCAGGAGUUCAAGCGCGUGCCCUGGUGGAAGAGGAAGAAUAUGCGUACCCUGUACAUCUACAUUGUCAUCCUCAUCCUGACCAACACAGCAAACGGUUUUGAUGGUUCAAUGAUGAACGGUCUCCAAACCCUUUCCUACUGGCAGGAAUACUUCAAUCAUCCUCACGGUUCGCUUCUCGGCCUCUUCAAUGCCUCCAUGAGUCUUGGCUCUCUGCUCGGUCUGUUCGUCGUGCCUUACAUGAUCGAUGCCUGGGGCCGCAGGCUCGGGUGUUUCGUUGGAUGUCUUAUCAUGCUGCUUGCAGUGGGUUUGCAGUCUGGUGCUACCGGCUUUGGCAUGUUCAUCGCUGCCCGUCUCCUUAUUGGAUUUGGUGACUGUCUCGUUCUUGGUAGCGCUCCGCUCUUGAUCGCUGAGAUCGCGCAUCCACAAGACCGGGCCAUCCUUGUCACGCUUAGUGGUGCUUCUUAUCACUCUGGCGCGUUUAUUGCUAGCUGGGUGACAUUGGGCACAUUGAAGAUUCAGAGCGACUGGUCGUGGCGUCUGCCUAGCCUACUGCAGGCCAUUUGCACCAUUGUCAUUGUGUCUGGCAUUUGGAUAAUGCCGGAAAGCCCUCGUUGGUUGAUGAGCAAGGGGAGACACGAUGAAGCUCUGCGGAUUCUCGUCAAAUAUCAUGGCGAGGGUGACCAGGAUGACGCAUUUGUGCAGCUGGAGUAUGCAGAGAUCAAGGCUGCCAUUGAUCUGGAUAAGGAGAUUGACCAAACCCGCUGGGUUGAUUUCUUGAGAACCAAGGGCAACCGCAAGCGAAUCGGUCUGAUCACCGCUCUGGGACUCUUCAGUCAAUGGAGUGGCAAUGGUUUGAUUUCCUACUAUCUCAAACAGGUCAUGGACAGUGUUGGUAUUACCAAGGCUUCCACACAACUCGGAAUCAACGCGGGUAUCAAGACCGAAGCCUUGGUCAUCAACUUCACCCUGGCCUUCUUCAUCGACAGAUUGGGAAGACGGCCGGUCUACCUGGUCUCGACAGUUGGCACGUUUGUGGUCUUCAAUGCAUGGACCAUCGUGUCAGCUCGGUACGCAAUCACCGCUAAUCAGGCGCUUGGAUAUGUUUUCGUGGUUCUGACAGUUCUGUACGGAGUAUUCUACGACAUCAAAUCUGGUCUCAUGGCAACCUACACCACCGAAAUUCUUCCCUACGGUCUUCGUGCCAAAGGCUUCACCUGGCUGAACUUCUGCGUCACCGCGGCACUCUUCUUUAAUCAAUACAUUAACGCAAUUGCCCUCGAUGCCAUUGGCUGGAAGUAUUACAUCGUCUACUGUGUCUUCCUGGGAAUGGAGGUGUUCGUUAUCUACACCUUCUUGAUCGAAACCCGGUACACUCCCAUGGAGGAAAUUGCAAAGUACUUCGAUGGUGACGACGUGGUUGAUGUUGGUGAAAUUGCCGUUGCGGACAUGAAGGAGCAAGCCAGGAAGUCAGAGGGCAAAGCAGCUACUGUCCAUGUUGAAGUGAAGGAGUAA